AUGGCGGCUCCCCGGCCGGGUUCUGCGUCGGGGUCCAAGAAACCACCACCCAGGGCUAUCCAGAUUGCCAUCGAAGUUGAGCCAGAAGCCGACGGCAGUGGCGAGAGCUUCACGGACUCGAGCACUGAGGAGGUCACCGAAGAAGUGGUUGUCACCAGGCUGGUACCGCGCGAUGGCCGCCGCUCCCCACCGCGACGAAGCUCGUCCCCAAGUCGGGCCCCGCGCCGUCCCGGGGGCAUCACUGAGGUGGUCAUCAGUGCCUCGGACGAGAACUUCGAUGGCCGCCGAUCACCGUGCCGCGUACAUGGUGGUUACAGCUACGGGCCCGCGGGCAUGCCGGCGCCGCGCAUACCACGAAGUGGCCACAAGGCCACAUGCCGCCACGUCACCGCGUGCACGGUGCCCGCCAUGGGGCCCAUGAUGCUUCCACAGCCGAUGUACGGCGCCAUAGGUUCGGCAAAGGGAACGCGCAUGGAAUGGAAGCUGUUUCCCGAUGGCACGCUCAACAUCACCAUGGGGCCACCCCUGAAGACGGAGGACGACGACAAGGCAGCCAAGCCGACCGUGGCGGCCGCAGACUCGCCACCAGCUUCUCCAGAUGCAGUAGCACCUAAAGACACUGCUGGUGCUGCGCCCGCCACCGCACCAGGCGCAGGAGCACCUGACACGAACGCACCACCACCAGCAGCCAAGCCAAUCGGCUCCAACAUGUCCCUGGCGCGCAUUAUGACAGCUGGAUUCAUGCGUCCGCGGCUCCCCGUCGUCUUCGAAGCAGUCAUAGGACCACGGCCGGGUCUGACACCGGCUCUGCUCAAACCACCACCAGGGCAAGAGUCGGCUUCAGACACUCAGAUCAGCGUCGUUAGCCGAUUCGAAUGCACGUGCCCUCCUCCACCGUCCCCUCCUCCCCCGAAGAACGAGCAUGCCCACUGCCAGGAGCUGCUGCUGGAGCUGCUCGAUCGCCAGGAGCAGGUGGCGGCGCAGCUCCCGCAAAUUAACCUCAUCACGCCUGUCACCGCGCCACCUCCGCAACGGCCACCUCGUCGAGAGCCGCACUUAGCGCCCAUGUGCCAGCGGGAAUGGCGCGCCAUGCGCAUCAUGGAAAUGGCUGCCUCCGCCGACGAUGCUGUCGUCGAGGAGGACAGGCGCCGCCCGACGCCGCUGCUGCACAUCAUGGAGAAGGAAUACGACGACCAUGACUAUGAGUAG